AUGCCCCUGAUCCAACGGUUCAACGCAUCUCAUGAGCAUUCCCGCAGCCGCUUACUAUCCACCGCUCGGAACAAAGAGCGUACAGAAGAAGGAGAACCAUGGUGUAGCGGGCUACUGGAAGAAACACAAGCAGCGCUUCAGCGGCUCCGACGGGACUCGGAUUUCACCCAGGACAACAUCUUCCGAUUCUCCGCUCCGUUCUUCACAUUCGCGUGCGUCUUGGCGUCCUUCGCAGCCGCCCUCCGUAGGGAUAUGAUGCCCUCUCCACACGCCAUGUCACUCGGUGAGCUGAGUCUGGGGAUCCUCAUACUAGCUGCGGGAGUCUUGUUGUCUUUGGCUGUUUUGAGAGCUAUCAUAUGGAGCGGAGCACUGGCUAUCGAUGCAUUCCUGCUUAUGGAGAUCGAGAACAUUACGAGUCCGCAAAACGAGCGAUCGAAACUCAACCAACGUAGCAUCUUGUUCAGUGGAUUGUUUUCUUAGGAUUCUGAGGAACGAUGUUUAUAUGUACAAAAGCCCAAGAGAACACAUACUCAGCAACUACUCUUCUAUGCUUGCUAAAUGAUUUAUAAUUAAUGCGAGUUUAUCGCUUCCUGGCUGAACCUCCGAUCGAAGCGCUUUCUAAGUCUUGGAUGCCUUCCGUCAACUCGGGUGUGGAACACCUUCGC